GCGAACUGUAUCAGUGCAAGUCCGCAACUGGUUCAGUUACCGCGCUUUUUCAAAUUUAAAUUUCGAACGCGUUCGGUUUUUUAAGUGUAUCGGUUGCCAGGAUUUUUUAUUAGUUUUGUGAAGGUCAUCAGAAAAAGAAACACAAUGCUGUUUAUGAUCGUUCUAUCGUCCCUUGCUGCGCUCGCGAGCUGCGAGCCGCCGGUGCAGGGCUACAACUACCAACCAGCAACUAACAACUACAACGUGCCGAGCAACGCCUACCUACCUCCCAGUACAAAUUAUGGUACUCCGAAUAGCAACUACCUACCACCAGCUAACCAUGGUACGUCUGGUAGCCACGGCCACGGCUCCCACGGGCACGACUACCAAGGCCAUGAUCAUGGACACGGAGACCAUCAUGUGCCAAAAUCCUAUGAGUUCGGGUACUCAGUGAAGGAUGCACACUCCGGCAACGAUUAUGAUAGAAAGGAGGUCUCUGAUGGCAACGAGGUGCGUGGAGAGUACAGAGUGCAGCUGCCUGAUGGGAGGACGCAGAUUGUGACUUACCAUGCUGAUUGGCAGACCGGUUUCCACGCUGACGUGAGGUACGAAGGAGAAGCGCGUUACCCUGAGGUCGUGCAUAACAAUCAUCAGCAAGGUGGUUACAACUACAACGCCCCGAACUACAGCGGUUCACUCACCGGCUUCCAUGGCAGUCAACAACCAUCUACUUCAUACGGUCCUCCGGGAUAUCAUUAAACUUAACAACACUAGCAAUAUUACUAUCCACCAGUCUUGCAGGAACGACAUCUAUCUAGAGAUUAUGACAAUUAACUGUAAAGCUUAAGUUUUGUUCAUUACAGUUUGUUUAUUUGUUGGUCAGACUGUUUCAAAAAUAGUUCCAUAGAAUACCAUGUUUUGCUAAAUACGUUGAUAUUCUAGAUUUCCGAAUGAACAUUAUAGAAUUGAUAUUCAAGACCUAAACUUACAAGAGAGUGCUUGAUCUUUGCCGUUGCUAUUGUUUAUAAGUAGGCGUUGAAUACAAGACAGGUUGCUUACGGCCGGUUUCAAUAACUGAUCCCAAUCUUUCUUCAAACCUAUUCUGAAUGUAAACCAAUCAAAUUAAGAAUUUGCAAGCAUUUAAAAAACCCUUUGUGUGCUUAGAAUGUAAACACAAGGCUCCGUGUCGUUUUAUUGAUUGGUUGAAACUAUCACGUUACUGACGCAUUGGUCUUUCGACCAAUUAUGAUUACAAACAUCAAAAUUAAACAUCGAUUUACAAGCUGCGUUUUUGGGACAUUCUAAAGGGACUGAUUGGUCCAUUUUUGCGAUGGAUUGAAAAAAAGAUAGGGAUCCUUAAUUGAAAAUGGCGGUUAUAAAACCUAUCUUUGACUUUUUUCUCUUCCUUCAUUUGUACUCCAAUGUGAGGUCAGCGCAACAAACUUCUAUACAAGUUGUAGAAAAGAUUUUUGUUUGUCGUUCUCUGAUGUUAUCUCCGACUGGAAGCUUUGAGAUUAAGAUAUAUCCUUCUGUGCAUAUAUUUAGUUAAUUCAGUAGGUAGUAUUCAGAGCGAGGUACCUGUUUAAGUUUACAUGUCAGUAUUGUUUUAUGAUAAAUAAAAACGAUUUUAAUAUUGAAAAA